AUGGACAUCUCUUGACUCCUUUUAAGGCAUGGCCGAUAGCUGGUGGAAUCUUAGCAGAAUCACCAUUGAGUGUAACUAGUACCUCGGAACUCAUUAUCACUGGUCACUCAGAUGGAUCUGUGAAGUUCUGGGAGGCCUCUUCAGCUGUCUUAAGAUGUCUCUACAAGCUGUCAACAAGCAAAGUUUUUGAGAAGAACACAGGUCAGCCAGAGAACAGUGAAACAAACGGUAAAGAUGCACAGUCUGAAGGUAGUAGCGGCACCAGCAGUGAACACUCUCCACCCUCGAUGGUCGACAUUGACUGCUAUGCUGUCAACAUGAUAGAACUGUGUGUCCGAAGUAGGACACUUCUUGUGGCAGGCACCAGCCAUGUUAUAGUUUACCAGUUUAGCACUGUGGAAGAGACUUUAGAAUUUGUGCAACUAGACAUCAGUCUUCUGUUCGACCUGGGUCUGGAUUUGUCACCAGACUCUGAGGUUUCAAGCCCCACUGAGGAUAAAGGAGAGGGACUGGUUCACAGUCCGACCUCAGUCUCCAUGACUGUGUCAUGUCCCACUCUGACUUGUAAAACUGGUGUGUACAAGAGGUCACCUGGAUUUCAGCCCACGGUCUGUUGCAUGAUUCCAGCAGUAGGAUCAGAUACAGUGCCACUUAGUAAUAUGGCUGUCAGCUCAGAAUUUGGAGUGAUUUCUAUCAGCAAUGGACCCUCUUUAGCACUGGUUGAUAUAGUUCAAAAGAAACUCAUUACAGUGCUGUCAGCCCAAGAUAUGUCUGCUGUUUCAGAAUCGCCAUCAUCAGUAUCAACUCCUGUCACAGCUGGCAUGCCGAUAUCAUUCACUAUGAGUGCUGAUGGAACAGGGGGGGAAUUCCACAUUGAUAUUAGUAGCUCAAAAUCUGAGAAAAGAAAGAGCCGCCCCCCUAGGCCACCUCCCCCAGGGAGACGUCUUAGUGCUAGGCCUGCUAGUGAGAUACAGAUUGAGAGUGAAGCUGUCGAUGGCAUACGACCUAGAACUACCAGCGUACCCAAUAUGGACAGUGGCCCCCCUGACAGCAUCAGCUGUGUGCGGUUUGCAUGCACCUUCACUAAAAAGAAUGAUAAUUUAGUCAGUCCCUGUCUUUGGGUUGGAACAGCCCUCGGAAACGUGUUCGUUGUGGUGCUUAACUUGCCUGCCAGAGACCAGAGAGAGUCACAGCCUGUGCUGACUAUAACCACAGGGACGUUAUGUCAACCUAAAGCGGGAAUGAUUCUGAGGAUGGCUAUCAUGGAUUGUCAGGGGCAUCUCUUUCCAUCUCCGUUUCAGUUUUGGAUAGAAAAAGAUUCACAUCAUAAUAAGAGGAACUCCUUACUGACGAGGGAGCUGCUAGAAAAGCACUUCGUUGUUAUUUGUACAGAAAGAGAAGCCAAGGUGUACUCAUUGCCCACAACUCACGUGAAUCCCAAGAGUUUCUCGGAAGCUAACCUUGUUGAUGAUUCUGCCGUUGUACUCAAGGCCGAUGCUGUUGUGGUUCAAGGGAGCAGCUGCCUGUUGUGUCUGAACAGUCUUGGUAAGCUGCUCGCGCUGAGUCUGCCGAACCUGUCACCGCUGUUAGACGUGGAAUGUACGUUCCUCAUGAAGGACUACAGAUUUCUCAGGACACUUGUAUUUUCUGAGGAUGCCCAAGCAGUAAUUUUGUGUUCACCAUUUGAAAUCCAGAAGCUUUCAAUGUUUGCCAGACCGGGGAUGCUUACAGAAAACCAGGGUUCUCUAUUCCGAGCUAUGGAGACACCUGAACCCCCCAGCAAAGGUUUCUUUAGCAGCUUGUUCAGCUCAGCUGCCUCGCCGCUUGAUAGAGAGCAGCUAUUUGGCACUGAAAGUGGGAAUGCGUCUCGUAGCUUGACAAAUCGGUUUAAUGGUCCCGGAAUGGAGAAGCUCCAAGAGACUUCCAGUGGAUUAGCUGGUGUUUUAGCCAGGAACAGACAGGCUCUUACAGAGAGAGGCGAGAAGCUGUCGGAGCUUGAAAUGAAGACUGGAGAGAUGAAUAUGCGAGCCAAGGCCUUCGCGGACGCCGCCCAUCAAAUGUCACUCAAAUACAAGGAUAAGAAGUGGUAUCAAGUCUGAGGCUCGUGUCACGUGCUCACGCGGAGUUGGCAAGCUUUGGUUCUACUUCCAAGUCUGUGGCUAACAUAUCAGCCCGGUUCGUCUGUAUCGCCCGAUGACAAUAUCUCUGUAGAUGUAAGGAGUUCUUUGUGGCGUACAAGAAGAGGGCCGUUAAAUAGAAAUUAUAAAUGCAGCAAUCGUUUGCCAGCUCAUUAGACUGAACUGCAGUAAUCUCUUGUUUCACCGAGAGGACUGAAAUUUAGCUCAUGAAAUAUUUAAAGAAAUUAGUAAACCCUGUAUUUUCUGGUGUUAAUAGACAUUAAUGGGAACAGAGUAACAUUGCUGUUUAAUAACAUUUCUGUUGAAUACAAGUCAUAUAUUGUAAAAAUAUGUUCAAAUAGAAUUCCAGAUAUAGACAAUUCGUGAUGUUCAUCAUGAAUUAGUGAGUACAAUGUUUCUACCAUUAAAAUGGAUGACGUGUUGUUUUGAA